ACAAUUCUAAUUUUGAUGACGGAAAGAAAAAGGUUAUACUUAUACAUAGAAAAAGAGGGAAUAGGUUGAUUAUGAGUUGCUUUUUAUUGCUAUAAAAUUAAAUGAUAUUACGACGACCUACCAAUAUCAGUUAAUUUAAUUUUAAAAUUGUAAAUAACAAUUUUUUAAUAGUCUAAUACAAUAUAGAUAGCAACGUGUCCUAGGGUUAGGCCAUAAGGGAAUCAUGUUAGUUCGUUUGGCAUAACAUGAGUGAACGCAAAAUGUGCAAGUUCUAUAACUUAAACGUACCCGAUCGACGGUCAGGUUCCGGUGACGGAGGCGCGCCUAAUCAUUUAGGUAUUGAAGAUGACGAUCGUAAUGAGGAUGAAGGUAUCCAACCAUACGUACCACCCCAUGAACACAAAUUGGAGUACAGUUAUUGGAUGUGGUUCUCCCAACGGCCGUCUACUCGUGAGCUAUCAACAACCACAACGGGCUACGGCCAGGCGUUACGUAUGGUUGGUCGCAUGGGAAGUGUGGAGCAGUGGUGGGGGUUGUACUCGCACUUGUCACGCCCUGACGAGCUGCCACCUCUCUCCAACCUACACCUCUUCAAACUCGGCAUCAAGCCUAUGUGGGAAGACCCUGCCAAUGUUAAUGGUGGGAAAUGGGUUGUAAGACUGCGCAAGUCACAGACUGGGCGCGCGUGGGAGGAGCUGUGUAUGGCGAUGCUUGGGGAACAGUUUAUGGUGGGCCCCGAGCUCUGCGGUAUUGUUCUCUCAGUGCGCUACCUGGAAGACCAUUUAGCAGUGUGGCACAGAACGGCAACAGAUUUAGCAGCAGCUGCCCGGGUCAGGGAUGCUAUGAAACGGAUCCUGCAGCUGCCGAGUACAGUGAAUUUAGAGUACAAAGUCCAUAGGGACUGCUUGCGUGCGACUAACAGGCAAGAGGAGGAGAUGAACCAUCGCUCCUAGUGACACUACCUCCUUAACCCCACCAUAAAUCUCUUCGUCUCUCACUUUGUUUUAAUAUACCAAUAGAUGGAGCUUUUUUAUUUUUUAAUCCAAUUGAAUUGUCUUGUAUUUUUUUAUUUAUUUUAUGAGAAUUUGUAGUCUAGUAUCAUUGUUUAUAUAUUUGCAUGGGAUCAAAUUGAAUUAAAAAUAAUGAAUUUGAAAUAAUUAAUAGUCUGUAUAUUUGCAUUUAUUUCUUCUAUUUGCAAGAUAUGAAUUUAAAUUUUGAGGUUAUGUUUGUAAUAUUUUUGCAGUUAUGAGAUUUUUAUGAAUUAUGGAAUGGUUUUAAUUCGUUUUAAAAUUAAUGAUUGUUCUUUUAUAAUUAAAAUAUGAAUUUUUCGCGCCAAAACGCACAAAUGAAUUUGUAUUUCAAUGCAAAAGUUGCCAUAAUUUUGUUUAAAAUUGAUACCAAAGGCAAGAAUUUUUAUUUUUCUUUUUAAGAAUGUUUUAAAUUUCAUUAUAAUAUUAAAAUAAAGUGAGAGAGUAUCGUAAAGUCGUAAAUGUUUCUCACAAAGUGAUAGUACAGACUAACAGAUGUAAAGAAUUGUAUAUAUAUGGAUAGGCGAGACGUCUCCACUUGACGAAUGACUCUUGUGAGAAUUGUUUUGUUGCCAAAAUCAAGUAAAGAAGAACUGUAUUAACCAGGUCAUUGACAAAGGACAUGGUUGCCGGAUUAUUAAACAAAAUCGAAAAUUUCAAAU